CCAUUUAUUUUACAUGACAAAGUAGAAAAUGCCUAAUUUCGCGCCCACUGGUUGUUGAACGUUACUCAACCCUAAUAAGUUAGCUUCCGGCUCAAGCUCCAUACAAUUAAUGUUAGCUUUUUCUUAACAUACAUAAAUCAAGUCAAUAUUCAGUCUUCAAUUAGCGCUGCUUAGAACUUCAUUUAUAACUGUUUAGACAUUAAGUUAGGUCUAAGGACCCUAAGGCAGAUCUUUUACAAAUAGCGGUGCGCUAUCGAGGGCUAUGGCGUGUUUUAAGAACCAAGAUUUGGUUUGACUUGGCCAAAUCCUUCAAGCUCUUUUGACGAGAGGUGUUCCCAGACAAUUAUGAUUCCGUUGAAAGCGCCUAGGGUCAGCUUCAAUUUCGAAUGACGCCAGCGAUGUACGUAAACCGUUCUACUUGUGAUGAGCGUGUCGAAAGCAGUACGGCGGCCUCCACGACGGAACUUCAUGGCUUCUGCUUUGUCACGUUGAUUAACAAUCCAGCUUUAUCCAUGGAACACGAUACCAUAACGAGAGAAACCAGCAUCGGCGGCGCCUAGCAACUUUCUAUCCUCUGGCUUUCAUCGUGUCCAAUGUUGACUGGACGAACGGCUUCAGCUGGGCUAUUUUAUCAUCAACGCUCAUUGAGUUUUCUUCUAGUAUCGUCGACAUAUUCGUAUAUGAGUGCCUCAUAAAUUGUGCUUAUCAAUGACGUCAAAAACUUUAGAGGCGUGCAUUGCCGCUGCUACUACUGUGAAAUACCCUAGCUUCAAUGUACGUCGGAGAUGUCUUGGUAUUCACUAUGACAUCAGUGUCUUUAUAUCCAACCGUCAUUGCGUCGGAACGUUGGCGGGACAGUGAUCUUCGUACACUUGAAGCUAUCACAGAUGUCGUGUAUAGGGAUCGACUAGGCCGUGUGGAUUUUCUUCUGGGUCCUGGGCAGGCAGUUAUUGUUGAUGGCGGCACCUGUCGUGAAAAUCGCGAACAUGGCCUUCUGGAACAUUUGGCCAAAUUACAUCGCAAGUCAUGCGCUCGUCAAGGUGGUUCGUCGCUACGCCACGUAAUCGUUAUUUCAGCAGCUCCUUCUGUCGAUCUGCAGUUGCUCUGCCACCGCCUUGGAUUUAAUGUCUUAUGCAGCUUCGAGCAAGCAACCUCAGAUAUCUUAGUGCACCUUCUCAAAAUGCUCUGUUCCAACUCGAAUAAUUUCUUUCCGAAGAUUACCGCCUCGUAGGAAAGCGAGCUAUGUUAAACUGUAUUGCUGCCAUAUACGGGUUAUAUGUGUAUAGUUCAAAAAAACUAUGUAUAAAGUUGAAAUAAUAAUUAUCUUAGAUGUCCUAUGGAGUACACGCAAAUUAACGUAGACUCCAAAGUGUACGCCCUAUUCAGGACGACACUGUACAUGCGUCCAAAACACUCCCAAAAUUCAGGACUUUCAACCUGUUGCGUAACGUACAAGCCCAUAAUGUACAGCGGUUCGAUAUAGACUAGUAAGAAGGUGUUGAUAGUACUAAGGCUGAAUUUUGUCAGCAACAAAAUCGAUCCGUAGUAAAUUAUCGAAUUACAUAUGACUGCGGUGAAAUUCCAUCGGAAAACUUGAUUUUGUGGAUACUCAAUGUAUGAUGUGUGAAUGUGAUAGUACGUUUAUGGAUGAUCUGAGUGUGAGACGAAGCUGGCAGAUUUAAAUUUGGCAAUGAUUUUGAGAAGUACCAAGCUGCAUUUUCACAUUCUUUAUUUGUACAAAUGUGACAUCGUUCAAGAUGUAAAAUUUAAUUCUUUUUUGUUGUCUGGGACGGAACUUUAUUGGUUUUAUGUGGACCUAUUUUGUGGGAGCUCAUUUUAAAUUGGGAAGACCACUCUGUUCAAGUUUUUUUUCUCUACGUUUUGUAAUGUUACACAUAUGUUACUCGCUCUGUUUAAUAUAAUUUAUUACAGGUGUUUUGUGUCCAUGGUGAAUAAGAGUUAUCAAACGUAGCAAUUUCAUUUGGUGUUAUUGUACACAAAAAUACUGAAAAUCUAUUUGAGCUUACUUUCAAUUAAGUAGGACUAAAUAUAAUUAUCAUAAACGGAACCCGAAUAAAUAGUUGAACAAUGAGGCCCAAUCUGAUACACAGAAAAGUAUAACUGUUACAAAUUUCUGAAGGACAACAUUUAACUGUAUGUAAACAUUGAGUAAUUAAUAAUAAUAAUAUCGAAAACGGUAAAUCCAUCUGUGGGCCUAAAAUCGUUCUACUACUUCUUUGGUUUUUCUUCUAUCAAUUUCUCCAUUAAUUCGAUCAUACUUUUUAUGCCGGCAACUUUUGUCAAGUAGUGAGGUACAUACUGAAUUAAAAUGAAACUCAAUUCUCAAUGAGAAACUCAAGUCUGCA